CCUAGAGAAACAAGACAGGAAGCUGUUCUUGGUUUCCAGUAGAGGAAGAAAUUGUCUGGGGCUCCCCACAUUUGCAUAAGUGACAAUGACUGUGCUAAGGGCCACUCCUUGGCAAGAGAGGCUUCAGUCAUGAGGAUCCAUUAUCUCCUCUUCACGUUUCUCCUGGUGCUGUUGUCACCUCUGGCAGUCUUUACGCAAAGAGUCAAGAAUCCUAUAACUUGCAUCACCAAUGGAGGCAUAUGCUGGGGCCCAUGCGGUUCAGGGUUUAGACAGAUUGGCACUUGUGGCCUUCCUAAAGUCAGGUGCUGCAAGAAAACAUAAAUAAGAAGACCAAGAACCAGCGAGGAAAAUAAAAAGCCAGAAUCCGCUCCUCCAUGAAGAUGUACAAAACUUAAACCAAAUUAAAGUACUUUGUUUAGAUACAAA